AUGGCUGCCAAUUUUACUGUUUUUUCGCGAUUUUCAACAGCCGUUUUACAACAUGGAAGACGAAAUCGUGGCCAAUUAUUUAAGCCAACGUUUAAAUCAAGUCCUAGUCUUGCCCGUUCUCUUAUGGUUGGUCCACGUAAGCUAACAUUUGGCAAGAAAACGGACUUAGAAUUAUUGAUGCAGCACAUGAAAUUAGAUCGGCAUGAGAAAUUUUCUGGUUUGCUACCGACUUCAUUCUGUGCUGAAUUACUUGCAAACCGCUGCGAGGAUAUGGAUUACAAAAUGGUACGAAGCGCGCAGCCGUUUUUUCUGAACUACAGGGUCGAGUUGUUAAAGCAGCGUGUUCAAUUUAUGGAAGAAAUGAAACUCACCCCCCGGCAAAAACGCAGAGACGUUGAACGUUACCCCCCUGUAUUGAUGUUAAGUUUUGCAAAUCAGGGAUUUUCGACGCAUUAUCUCCGUGGUUUGAUUCACUGUGGCGAAGAUAUGAACGGCAAUGCCAAAUUUGUUCAUUUUUUGUACGAGUGCCAUCCGAAACUUCGAAGCUAUGUUUUUGAGAUUGAAUCAAAUUUGAGUUCAGUCUGCGAAGAACUAGGCAUCACAAAUGAAUGUGCCUUGAAAAUGGCUAUAGAGAUGCCUUGCUUUUUGUUGUGGAAUGUCGAUAAGGCCACAGAGGAGUUUAAGGUUAUUCAUCGUGACUACGGUCUUCCCUCCGGCUACAAUAUUGAUUUCCAUACGGCACCGAUAUAUCCACCUAUGACAAAAGCAUCAUUUAAGCUCAAACAUGCACUAUUGACGAACAAAUCAAUCCCACAAUUAGUAAAAGACCUUGAGUUAUUUUCAAUGUCAGACAUAUUGGAGAAUAGGUUCGAACUUCCUCAUGGAAGACCAGAAGAUUUAUCGAGGUUUUUGGUCGACAGCUCUCGGGCUGAAGGAGUGAACGAAAAUGCUGAAUUAGUAUAA